AUGCGAUCGCUCUCCGAUGAACUCGCGGCGGCGGGCAAACCCAUCGGAGAGCCCGAGCUCAUCUCCUUCAUCAUCGCAGGACUGGACAUGGAGUACCAGCCGAUUGUCUCUACGCUGGACGUGCGCACGGAGCCGAUCACCGUCGAUAUACUCUUCUCCAUGGUGGCCAACUUCGACCAGAGGGUCGAGAUGUUCCAUGGGAACGGCAGCGGCGCCUUCAAGUCGUCGGCGAACGUCGUCUCUCGCGGCCAGCAAGGAGGUAACAAGGGCAACUAUCCCAACCAGAAGGGCAACGGGGGAGGAUCCCAUGGUUCUGGUGGCUACGGCGGCGGCAGUCGCGGUGGCCACAACGGUGGCUAUGGCGGUAACGGCGACGGCCACAACGGUGGCGGCGGUUACUACCAGAACAACAAAGGCGGCGGCGGCGGUGGGGGUUAUCAUGGUGGUGGCGGCGGCUACUAUCACCAGGGCCCUCACAACGGCAACAACAACCCUCGGCGCCCCCAACAGCAACAACAGGGGGCGUAA